AUGCAAGCAAGGUUUUUACGUGAAGGUGAAUGUUUAGAAUAUGCAAGCAAGGAUUUAGAAUAUCCAUCUGGGCACUUUGUAUGUGAAGUAAACCAGAAGUUGAAUACCAGGGAUUGGUUGCAGACUUGCCAUAUCCCUCUUCAGUCAGUUUGCUGUCCAGUUUGUGGUCAAGAGGAAGAGUCCCAUACUCACUUAUUUUUUGAUUGUGUCUUCUCCAGAAAUGUUAUCUGUGCUGUCAAGCGAUGGCUUAAAGGUUUUGCUUGGCCGAUGCAGUUUAGUCAGUGGAUCAAGUGGUUGGCUUUGCCUCGGGAUGACGGGUUUUCAGUGGUCCUUCAUGCUUCGUGUGCAGCUGCUGUGUAUCACAUAUGGCAGAAUAGGAACCUUUGCUGGCAUGACAACUUUUGCCUUCCAGUGUAUAGGAUUGACCAUUUGAUUAGAUUUUCUCUCAAAGCUAGAAUUCUGAACUUAGUAGGCAGUAAUUGUUCAGUUCGUGAAAAGCAAAUGCUUCAGUUUGUAAUGAAUUUGUAA